AUGGCGGAAAACGUAAUCGGUUCCCCACCAUUGACUAUGGACCCCCAAAUUCAAAACCCCUCUUCUUCAAACCCUACAAUUCCAUCUCCUUCCCAAAUCCCCCAACAACAACAACAAUCUCCUUCAAUUCACUUGAAUUCUUCAUCACCGUCUCUCUCUCAAGAUCAACAACAACAACAUUCACAGUUAGUUAACAUCAACAGCAUCAACCCUAACCCUAACCCUAAUGUUUCCACUUUUCAGCUUCAACAAAAUUUACAACGUUCACCUUCCAUGUCCCGUCUUAAUCAAAUUCAACCUCAGCAGCAGCAGCAGCAACAACAACAGCAAAUUGCGAGGCAGCAAGCCGGACUUUAUGGCGGGCAGAUGAGUUUUGGUGGAUCGGUUGCUGUUUCUGCUCAGCAACAACAAUUAAGCGGAGGUGUUGGUGUUGGUGUUGGCAUUGGUGGUAGUGCUUCCAACUUGUCGCGAUCCGCAUUGAUGGGACAGAGUGGUCACUUCCCAAUGUUGUCUGGUGCUGGAGCAGCACAGUUUAAUCUAUUAACCUCGCCGAGGCAGAAGAGUGGGUUGGUGCAAUCCUCACAGUUUUCUUCUGGUAAUUCUGGUGUACAAUCACUGCAAGGAAUGCAAGGGAUGAUGGGGCCGUCCAAUCUAGCCUCUCUGAGGGCUAAUGGAGCUCUUUAUGCCCAGCAGCAGCAGCAGCUUCGGUUGACUCCUAACCAAAUCAGGCAGCAGCUCUCACAGCAGGGUUCACUCAACAAUCAACAGGUUCAAGGUUUACCAAGGUCAUCAUCCCUUGCUUUUAUGAAUUCUCAGCUGUCUGGUUUGUCUCAGAAUGGACAGCCUGCCAUGAUGCAUAACUCUUUAACACAGAAUCAGUGGCUGAAGCAAAUCCCAGCAAUGUCUGGCCCUGCCUCCCCAUUGCGUCUUCAACAACAUCAGAGGCAGCAGCAGCUUGCUUCAUCUGCUCAACUGCAACAAAACUCUAUAACCCUAAGCCAACAGCAAUUGUCCCAGUUGAUGCAGCAUAAAUCCAUGGGCCAGCCUCAGCUUCAUCAACAGCAACAGCAGCAUACAUCCUCCCAGCAGCAGCAGCAGCAACAACUUCUACAGCAGCAACAACAACAACAAUCUCAACUACAAGCAUCUGUUCAUCAACAGCAACAGCAGCAGUCUCCGAGGAUGCCAGGACCUUCAGGCCAAAAAACACUAAGUUUAACAGGAUCACAGCCAGAUGCUACUGCAUCUGGUACGACUACACCUGGUGGAAGUUCAAGCCAAGGAACUGAAGCAGCAACAAACCAAGUACUUGGAAAGAGAAAGAUACAGGAUUUAGUUGCACAGGUGGAUCCCCAAGGUAAGCUGGACCCUUCCGUUAUAGAUCUUCUUUUAGAGCUUGCUGAUGACUUCAUUGAUACUGCAACUACACAUGGUUGCGUUUUGGCAAAACAUAGAAAAUCAUCAACUUUGGAGUCCAAGGAUUUAUUGCUACACCUAGAGAGAAAUUGGGAUUUGACAAUUCCAGGGUAUUCAAGUGAGGAGAAGAAGGGCCAGAAUAGACCUCUCUCCAAUGACCUUCACAAAAGGCGGCUAGAUGCGGUUCGCACACUGAUGGAAUCGUCUUCACGCCCCCAACCAACUAUUAACAAUUCGAAAGAUAUCGGCAGACAGGGACAUCCUAACCCUGUAGUUUCCAAUCAUCUAAUAAAACCCUUGAGUUCCGACCAGUUGGUUUCGCAUUCAACUGGUUCUCAAAUGCUACAGCAGAUGACAAGAUUUUAG